UCUUAAUUUAUUGAUGCGUGCGCAUCAAGAACGUUCUCUUUGAACGAACAAUAACAAAAUGACGAAAGUGAAGACUCGUGAAUUGCGAGGAAAGAAGAAGGAGGAUCUUAUUAAGCAACUUGAUGAAUUGCGCAAUGAGUUAUCUUCACUAAGAGUCGCCAAAGUCACUGGUGGUGCUGCAUCGAAGCUUUCAAAAAUCAAACUUGUGAGAAAAUCCAUAGCACGUGUCUUGACUGUGAUCUCUCAGACACAAAGAGAGAACUUGAGAAAGUUCUACAAGACCAAAAAGUACAAGCCUCUUGAUCUGCGACCAAAGAAGACCCGAGCCAUGAGGAAAGCUCUUAGCAAAAGAGAAGCUUCAUUGGUAACUUUAAAACAGAGAAAGAAACUGACUCAUUUUGCAUUACGAAAAUAUGCUGUGAAGGAAUAAAAUACAAUUUCCAAUA